GGAUCCGCAGUAAGUCUUCGGUGGUCAUUGAGGAAGGUCGAACAUUCCCGUAACUCCCUCUCUCGUACUUUCGUGUGAGUGUGUGCCGCCUGUCAGCUCACCGUCGAAACCGUCCAUGUUUUCUCCUUACAGUGUUAAAGUCUGAUUCGCGCGAAAGAAAGUGGUUUGAGUGUGCGCGAGCGCGCGUAAAAAGAAAGUCGAUGCUGUCGAACAACGGAGCGGCAGAGCCCCUUCCCAACGAGUAGUGCUAUGAGUAUGCGCACGGUGGUGAGCCACAAUCCAUGACCGCAGUGGAAGAAUCGGUAGUAACUUAACGUACCCCUUGCUGUCAGCUCAAAUUGUUUUCGGCCGUUUCGCGGACUGGUUGGUACUUUCUUUUUUGCUCUUACUUCUCCGGGCUCUUGCGUUGAGUCAAGUAGUGCUGAGAUUCGGCCGAGUGUUGUAGAGUGUGGCUUAGCGCUUGCGUUUGCGGUUUCGAUCACUUUACGGGAAAAAAACCAACGGAUUAUUUGCGAAUGUUAAUUAUUCUAAUUUCCCGACUCUCACUCAGUGUUCAGUGUUGACGAAUGAAAUGCGCUGGCCACUAUUGUGCUGUAGUGUUUUGGUUCGCUAGAUCAUCUACCAGUGACAGACCGCCAAAUCAUUAGUCUGAAGUGAAAUAUUCUCCAAAACAGUAAUCUCUGUUGUUCAACAAGCAAAAUUAACACACAGAAAAACCGCACCGAACAAGCAAGAGGAAAAGCUGAAGAGGUUCAAGGUUCUCCAGUUCCUUGGAAUUCGUCUGCAUGCCGGGAGAAAGUGUAUGAUGUUUGUCCAAGUAGUGCGAUUGUCGUAGUUUGGUAGUGCCCAUCGGUGUUCAAUGGAAUUGAUUGAAAACAAAUAAAACGGGAAGAUAAACAUACGGUGCCGAAGAGUUCGACGAGGCCCUGGCUGCGGCGGAGAUUUUCACUCUGCCAAAGGAAUAUUUAUUUACGAGUGCAACUGGUGCGCAGUGAGUGUUGGCUUUGGUGGGAGUAAGAGUUUAAAAUUCAGUCACCCUGCGAUAGACGUGAUGGUGACCAACGUCAAGUGGAGAUUGCCGAGGGCAGCGCUGGUACUAGCUCUACUGGCCAUGGUUGACGCAGCAAAUGGGUUAAGUUCAACAAGUGAAAGAGAGAGUCGGCGGCUGUUCGGGGGCUACAGGAUAACGCCAAAGUUUUGCAACGCCACACGGUCUCUGAUGAAGCGGGAUGGCGAGCGACGAGGGCCCACUAUCUGUAUGUUCAACCACGAGUGUUUCCAGCGGCAGGGUGAAGUGGUGGGAGCCUGCAUGGAUGGGUUUCUUUUCGGGACAUGCUGCGAGCUACCGCUGACGAAUGACAUCGCCACGGUGACGGAUGCGAUCUUUGAUCAGUACAAUUACACCGACGGUGGGGAGAGCACCUCGCAGUCUCCGCUGAGUUCCGCAAUUGCCAGUCAGUAUGAGAAGUUCGGAAGCCAAUCGCAGGCAACCGGGGAGAAUGAUUAUAAUCCGGUUAUCACGUAUGAACCUGUGAAAGUGGACGAUACUCCGAAUAAAACCGUGUCCAGCAUUGUAGUGAAUAUCCCGAGUAAACCUGCGGCUGGCAAGCCGGUGUUCAACAAACUGGACAACAACUAUAUCACAAAUGACGACCUGGACGAAGAUAUUGUGUCAAGUAAUCUCAACUCACACAAACUCUCGAUUUCCGACAGUGCCGUUUCGGUGUUUUCUCCCUCGACUUCCAAUGUCAAAACGGAAACAGUAGAGGUAGCAACUACACAUCCCGAUCCUCCACCGGUUCCAAGCAGCAAUAAUUUCGUUGAAGUUGACAGUAACAAUAAUGUGUACAGUACAGAGAUUCCCUCUUCACUUAACGCGUUCAAUGAACACCUUCCGGACACCAAACAACCUGGAACUGAAACCAGUACUGAUAUCACCGCCAGUGGGGUCCAAAUGAUUGCCAAUCAGAUAUAUAAUGAAAAUCAAUUAUUCGAUCAUAGUGACAUCACGCAUCCCGAGGCUGAAACAGAUCUGAUCAAUGAGAACGGUGCGGUAGACCAAAGCUACGCGAAUCCUAGUGAUUUUGACACCGAGGAAAACGCCACCGAAAAGCAAUCCACGGAGCAGCCGGUCAAAAUUAAUUUCCCAAAGCCAUUGUUUAAACUUAAGCCUAAGCCCACACAGACACCAGAAUCAACCAACUACGUACUCGUACACACCAUCUCUAGUGAUCCUAAAGACGAAGAGAAUCAAACCGCCAAACCAACUGUUUCCGUUAACAAUAUCCACUCAAUCGAAUCGAUAAUUCUAAUGCUGAACGAGACGAAUCUUGGCCCACAGUACGACACCGAUAGUGACACUAGAACCGAGAACGUAACCAUAACCAUGACCACAAUGGAUACCACUUCACCAGCAACUUAUGCGACGUCUUCGAUUGAUUACGAUAGAUACGGACCAACCAGCUUCUACAUUACAAAACCACAGAAAACCAAUCCUCCAGCUCCAGCUUCGAUCACUACGAAGAUUCCCUCUACCAAUUACGGAUAUCAGACCAACCCCAAACCAACCAGACGCCCUAUUCUGGAACCAGUUGUGGUUCAAGCUACUCUUUUGACCAACGCCUACGGCACAACUGCCGUAACUCAAAAAGAUCCAAUUAUUUCCGUAUCUACCGUUCGGCCAGCCACGAAUAAACCAACACCUACUACAGAAGGUCCCUCGAAACGACCAGUACUGAUCAUUAGUGAAGCAGACCAUACUGUACCAUCUGGAUACUACACGACUUCGUCCGGCUCAUCUCCAUCGCCUAUUAUGGUGUCUAGCAUCCAACCAACUAAGAAAGUAACAACAAAACGUCCGGUUUCAACUACGAUGAAGCUUCCCGAGUACAUUGUGCAGUCAUCAACACUAUCCCACCAAGCACCCUCCACAAUUGCCAACAUAAACUACAUUCACGUCGCCACUGCUUCCCAAAACCCGUCCCCAACGGUUCAUAUCACACCCAAGCCCGUGCCAGGGCUUGUAACCUCCAGUACAUGGAACAACAACAAACAGACAACACCCUCCAGUAGCAAUCAACGACCCGGAUUUUAUGAGAACACUCCACCACCAGUGUAUGUAUCAUCUCUGGCAGAUUUUGAAGAUGAGGGCUAUUUUGGUCACACAAAACGACCAGUUGGGAAGCCAACCGUGUCAUCCACCGUCAUGUAUCCCACAAAGGAAAAUAACAACAAUAUGAUCAUUAACUACGUCUCUUCGACCUAUGCUCCGUACGGUUCCACGCCAUCCUAUCCGACUAAAACCAGAAUCCCUCCAAGCUCCCAACCAGGACAGAUGUACAUCGCACAUCCCCUCGAAGCUUCAACGAUGAAAAACGAACUGUACACAACGCCGGAUGAUGUCAACAACUUCCCCCCAGUUCGAAACCCCAAUCUGAACCUCACGGACUCGACCAUGAUGACGAACAUCACCAAAAUCGAAAACGAUAACUUCGCUGGCAUCACCGAUGAAGACAAGAUGAAUAUGCUGGUCAACAAGAUCGUACAAAGCUUCAACGGUAACUUCGAGGAACUGGAGGCGAUCCUCAAGCAGCGAAAGAAUCUGACAAUGACUCCCACACCUAGCACUACCACCACCACGACCAAGGUACCCGGGUCAACAAGCAAACCAGUCACGAAGAAGAAGAAAAAACGACCAAGUGGCAGCAAGAAGCCUUCGAACGGUACAACUUCAACAUCGGCGAGUGGGAUAAAAAAGCCAGCUUCGGUCAAACCGACAGCCAUCGUACAGGAAGAGCCCGUCUAUCCAACCAUCACCAGCUCAACAACCGUGAAGCCAAAAUCUUCCAAGAAACCCAGUAAGAUCAAGCGACCCAGUAACUCAACGAAACCUGCCUCGUCGAAGCCAACCACAACCACCUCGCUAUCAAACUCAGCGAAACCUGGCAAACCAUCCAGCACCAAGCCCAAACCAUCCUCUUCGUCGACUCGGCCCAAACCGCCGGUCUCGAACGGCACCAAGCCGGCCGCCGAUGAGAAACCAAUCACCAACUCGAAACCCCUGCCCACCACCAAGAAACCGGUCCGGACGUCCACCUCGAAGAAACCCUCGGCCACGAAGAAACCCACCAUCCGGCCGGCGCUGCUCGACGAAACCGAACCGAUCACGGUGAUCACGACCCGCAAACCGACCAAGGCGACAAAGCGUACCACGAAGCGACCGACGACGACGACGACCACAACCACCACCACCGCAGCUGCCCCGGAGGACGAGAUCAUUGAGGAGGAAGAGAACGCCGUGGAGGAGGAAGAGGAAGAGGAGGACGUCGGCGAGGAGACCAGCGGCAACACGGUCGACGAGGACACGCAAGGGACGCGCAGAAUACUAUGCGGUCAGCGGCCAUUGAUGAAGAGUGGACGUGUUGUGGGCGGCAAAGCCGCCACAUUUGGCGAGUGGCCAUGGCAGGUACUGGUGCGGGAGGCAACUUGGCUCGGACUAUUUACCAAAAAUAAGUGCGGCGGAGUGUUGAUUUCGAAUUCUCACGUUAUCACAGCUGCCCACUGUCAGCCCGGAUUCCUAGCCUCACUGGUUGCAGUAUUCGGUGAGUUCGAUAUCUCGAGUGACCUGGAAGCGAAGCGGUCGGUAACGAAGAACGUCAAACGGGUUAUCGUGCACCGGCAGUACGAUGCGGCCACGUUCGAGAACGAUCUGGCGAUAUUGGAGCUGGAAAGUCCCAUCCACUACGAUGUGCAUAUAGUGCCAAUUUGCAUGCCAUCCGACGAAGCUGACUUCACCGGUCGGAUGGCAACCGUUACCGGAUGGGGACGGUUAACGUACGGAGGCGGAGUGCCCUCCGUGCUGCAGGAGGUACAGGUCCCAGUGAUAGAGAACAGCGUCUGCCAAGAAAUGUUCCACAUGGCCGGCCAUAACAAAAAGAUCCUACCGUCGUUCGUUUGUGCUGGCUACGCGAACGGCAAACGAGAUUCCUGCGAGGGAGACAGCGGCGGCCCACUGGUGCUCCAGCGUCCGGACGGCCGCUACGAGCUGGUCGGCACGGUGUCCCAUGGAAUUCGAUGUGCUGCCCCCUACCUGCCCGGCGUUUACAUGCGAACGACUUUCUACAAGCCCUGGCUGCGAAGCGUCACCGGCGUCAAAUGAAGCGCAGUAGCAAGUAGUUGGAAGAGCAAAAACACGAAACACGAACGAGCGAGGAUGAGGUGUCCUUUCCAGCAUCAUCCUCUCCCCCGGAACUCUCCACGGUUGAGCUAGUGUGUAAUGGCGCGAGGAAUGCAUUUUGGAAAGAAAGAGCGCUUGUGUGGGUGUCUGUUUGUGUGAGCCACGAGUAUUAGUAUGGAUGUUUGUUUGUACGUUUGUAUGUAUCAUCUUUUUGAGCACUGAUGCGCAUCUAUCGACUGGACGUAAAGUUUUUUUUUUCGAGCGCUCGCAGUUUCGUAAAGAAGUUACGUUUUAGGGAACAAAUUGCAAUACUUUAUCUAUAGUGAAUGGAUGUAAUUUGGAGUCAUUGUUAAAAUUAAUUUAUUAUUGUUGUUAGUUAUUAAUUAAAUUAUUCUCUAGCCUGUACUUGAAGAAGGGGAAAUGAACAGAAUACAAAUCAAGUGAACAGUGGGGCAAAUGGGCGGUGUAAAAAUGUGAUUAUUUUAAUUUAUAUCGAAGAAGAAAAGUAAAGAUAACUAUUAAAGAAAUUUAAUAAAUGUAUUAUUUAAGAAAUUAUUUAUCAUGCGAUUUGUUCACCAAACUGA